AUGCCUUUACAACAAUUGACAAGACCUACUCUUCUUUCUCGCACUUUAUUGUUCGUGAAAAGUAUUCAACGUGGUUUAGCCACAGUUACCGAUCAAUCAUUUGCUAGUACUGCUCCACCACCUGCACCAUAUGCUUUAUCAGUUUCUAGCACGCCUCCACCUGCAGCUUUGAAACUAAAAUCUGGUCAAGUGUUUCAUGGACAAUCUUUUGGUGCACAAACUCCAAUAUCUGGUGAAGCUGUCUUUACAACUUCGCUCGUCGGUUAUCCGGAAUCAAUGACAGAUCCUUCAUACAGAGGGCAAAUUUUAGUAUUUACUCAACCCCUUAUCGGGAAUUAUGGUGUUCCCGGACUUUUUAAGGAUCAAUACGGAUUGUUGAAAUAUUUUGAAUCUGACCGUGUUCAAUGUCAAGGCAUUGUGGUCGGAGAUUAUGCUGCGCGCUAUUCUCAUUGGAACGCUGUAGAGUCACUAGGAUCAUGGUGUGCUCGUCAUGGUGUACCUGGAAUAUCUGGUGUUGAUACUCGUGCUAUUGUUCAUUUACUACGUGAUCGAGGCUCUACUCUAGCAAAACUAGUUACUGGCGAUGAUGCUGCUAACGAGGACUUUGAUAAAAUUCCUUAUGUUGAUCCAAAUAAACGAAAUUUGGUAGCUGAAGUCAGCACAAAAAUGCCAGUCUCCUACAACCCCUUCGGAGAUGUGAAAAUAGGUGUUAUCGAUUGUGGUGUUAAAUAUAAUAUCCUACGUGCUCUUGUUCAACGUGGAGCUGCCGUUACCAUCUUACCACAUGACUUCGAUUUUAAUAAAAUAUCUAAUGAAUUCGAUGGAAUAUUCAUUAGUAAUGGGCCUGGCAAUCCCAAUAUGGUUACUGAAACUGUUCAAAAUUUGCGUACCGCAUUAAGCGAAUAUCAAAGACCCAUAUUUGGUAUCUGUAUGGGCAAUUUAUUACUAGGUAUGGCGGCGGGACUUAAUGUAUAUAAACUCCGAUUUGGAAACCGAGGUCAUAACGUCCCAGCUGUUAGUGUAGAUGAUGGGAAAUGUGCAAUCACUUCCCAAAAUCAUGGAUAUGCCCUUGAUGAUUCAGUAAUGCCAGAGGGAUGGGUAAAAUACUAUGUCAAUGCCAAUGAUGGCACUAAUGAAGGUAUUCGCCAUUCAGUAUUACCUCGAUGGUCAGUUCAGUUCCAUCCAGAAGCGAAGGGUGGUCCACAAGACACAGAACCCUUAUUUGAUGAAUUUGUUGACCGGGUUCGUUCUGAUAAGCUCAAAAGAGUUGGAUCCCCAAUAUUCUUUACAGAAAAAGCCGUUGUCACUCCCACUCAAUAUGCUUAA